AUGCUUCGUGUUCUCGACGGCCACGGCGUGGUGUUUAGGGCUGGCUUCGAUGGAGGUUACGUGAAUCCCGGGGACAGAGUGCGCGAAGUAGAGGGUCGAGUAGCCGCCCAGGGUGCCGAUUUCGAGGACGCGUUGGGCGCGGAGGAGAUGGCAGAGGAUGGAGAGUUGGGAGCCUUGGGCGGGGGCGACGGCGAUUCAGGGGAGGCCGGCGGAGGCUGA